AUGCUUCUCUCCUCUUUGCAAGUUGUGUUUCUCUUUGCAGGUCUUGUCCACUGUCAAGCACCAUCCGGGCUUUCGGCAGCCAGCCUCAGCUCCACGAACUAUGCAGAUCUAUCACCGAGUGUUUCAGUGCCGAGCUCCGUCUCCACCGCAGUUGGCUCCCUUGCCAGUAAUCCCAGUGCUGUUGUAGCCACAGUCGCUUCUGGUCUGAGUGGUACGGCCCCAUCACCCUUACUUCACAGUUGUCCAGCCUCGUACCUGUCUAUAACCGACUCGGCCGCGUAUUCAUCGAGCAUGAUGAGGGCGACUAGAAUUAGCACAGCCUCGAUUGCACGAGCUGAUAAUGACACGCUCGCAGACAGUACUAGCGGAGGACCAUCCAUGGGAUCACCAACGCCCGCCACUUCUGUCCCGUCGUCCUCGGUCAUGGCGGGAGCAUCAAGCUCAUCAGCGUCAUCAGCAACAGCCGGAAUGGUCACGUCAACCAACAUUGGUACAAUGGGAACAUUUUCCGGAACCGCUGCUUCAAGUACUGCCAAUGCUACUAAUACUACGGCUGCCUCGGCUUCGUUUACCUCCGCCUCACCUACGAGCUCCAACAAGAACAUCGCCGGUCAACCUCGUGGCUUCGCUGGUACUGCCGGGAUCCUUUUCCUCAUCGCGAUGAUCACUGGGCUGUACAACUGA